AUGUUAUUUCAGAGAUAAUCACUCCCUGCUUUAAAUUCUAUCUGUUAUCAAUCCAACAAUGAGGAAUGUGAAUAAUAACUUAGGCCUUUGUAUUUAUUGAUUCGAGAAAAUCAAAUUGAUGUUUAAUAAGAAAACAUUACUUUAGUUGGUUUAUUUAAACUCAUAAAAGUAUGCUAUAACAUUUUCAUAGAUUUGGAAAUUAGAUAUACCAUUUUCAAUUUUAGCCAAGUUAAUGUUAAAUGCAAAUAAAUAUUGUAACUAGUAAUUGAAUUAAAUGAUUAACUUACAUUCAUUUCAUCAAUUAAUGCAUAAUCCCUAAUUAUAAAUGAUUUACAGAAAAAAACCUCGAUCGGAAGUGUUCUAAUUAAUUGGAAACAAUGCUUAUUUAUAAAAUUGUUAAUUCUCGACUCCUCAGACAAUAGUUGGAUUAUUCUCUAGAUUAGGAGAACUGAUAUAGAGAAAGUAAAUGUAUCUCAAAAUCAAUAAUGAAAACAUAGAUGCUAAAGAUAAGUAUAAUUAUAUUAUUAAAAUGAUGCAAAAUACACCUAGAGAUUGUAAAAUAAGUCCCAGAAACAAUUUUACUGAAAAAUAAGACAGCUUACUUUUAGGAAAUUAACUCUUCAGUACUUAAUCAAAAGCUGAUAGUAUUUUAUUCUUAGAAGAUAAAGAAGAUAACGAAGAAAAUGAUGACCAAUUACCUCAAAUUAAUUAAACUAUUAGAUAAAAGUUUCAAAAAUUAUAGAAUGUUUUAGAUUUGAACAAUUAAUAAUUAAAAAUGAAUCAUAGAAUGAGAAAAAUGCAUACAACUAUGAUGAAGCAUAUGCUUUAACUUAAACAAAAUUAAAAUGUUAAUAAGAUAAAUAAAUUAAUAUGGUAAACGUAAGGAAAAAUAUAAAUUAAAUUACCUGAAAUAUGA